UGAAUGCGCUCGGAUCGCCCCGGGCUGGGCUGGGCCUGGUUACUCCACCCGGACACACUCCGAACCCCGCAGAAAGGAAGCGGAGUUCGGCUGCGGAGCCGCGGAUGUUGACGGGAGGAAAUGCUGCGGAGCUCCGACCUCACCAGGGAUCCACACCAGCAGCUGGCGGCUUAAAGUGAACCGGUGGCGGGCUUGUUGUUGACCAUCCGUCGGAAUGUUCCGGAGCUGAGGCGGCUGAUGAAGAUGGCUUCGGUUCGGAUGGCCGCUGAAGUUGGAACGGGACUUUGGAGAAGUCUUCAGCGUUUUCGGGGCGGUUUCGCAGCUUUGCGUCCGGUUUCAGUUCUUCACGAGGUUCAUCCCAGACAUCCAUCACUGAGAAACUGUCCGGCUUUCUUCUCCAGUACUCCCUCUAGUGACGUGUCUCUGAAGCACAAACAUGGCCGCCUGGUUCUGGAGGUGCCGUUGCCGUCCAGGAAGGAGAAGUGCCUGUUCUUCCUGCGGCCCAUGCUGAUGACAGUGGGAGACCUGAUCGGCGAUCUGCAGAGAGAGGACUCCGGAGCCGCGGCCUCCCUUCUCUCUGCAGACGGGCAACGUGUUGCCAACACGACGCUGUUGGACGCACUGCUGGAGACAGACUUCCAGCUCGUCAUCAACAAUCACGUUUACAACGUCAGCGCACCUGAGAAAGUGAUCACCUCCAGUGAGCAUGCCAGAGACAUGGAGGACUUGAAGCACGUGGUGCAUCUCCUGCAUGCAGCGCUGCACCUGCCUGAACACCACCUGCUGCAGGAGCGCCAUCUGCUGGAGAGGAUGGACAACAUCAAGCAGGAGCUGUCGCCUCUGGAGCAGACGAAGUCCGAACUGAGCCGGACGGCGGAGUUUCGCACCUCCAGGACUCUCUGGACCGGCAUGGCGCUGCUGUCUGUGCAGGGCGGCGCCCUGGGCUGGCUCACCUGGUGGGUGUAUUCAUGGGACGUCAUGGAGCCCGUCACGUACUUCAUCACCUACGCCACCAGCAUGGGCGCCUUCGCCUACUACAUCCUCACCAAGCAGGAUUACGUGUAUCCAGACGCUAAGGACAGACAGUUUCUACGUUACUUUUAUAAAGGCGCCAAGAAGAAGCAGUUCAACGUGGAAAAAUACAACAAACUGAAGGAUGAACUCGAACAGGUGGAAGAGGACUUGAGACGUCUGAAAUAUCCCAACCAGCUUCAGCUUCCGCUGGAACAGAUCCAGGCGAAGCCGUGAGAGACGCCGGGCUGGACGGACUGUCAGAGACAAAUGUUUGUUUUGAUGAUGAUGAUGCCAUAUUUUUACCUUAAAAUCUAUAAAUCUGCAUUCUUAAUGUUGAUGCCAUAUUGUACCCCCAACAAAUUCACAAACAUUGAUAAUUAAAGUUUGCAUUUCAAACAUU